AUGAAUGACCUCGGUGAUUGUGGUACGAUGCGGGUGGAUGAUCUCGAGAGACUUGACAACAACAUAUUUGAAGAAUUUAUUGACGUUGAAGUACUCACAGUGGGAGGAGAGGAGGGGAAGAGAAUGAAACUGGGCGACACAUUCCCUGCGUUUUCCGCAGUGACGAAUCUUGGCAAAAUAGAGGAUUUUCAUGAUUGGAUGGGUAACAGGUGGGAUUGUGCUUGUUAUUAUUUGAAGAUUAGUACCGCUAUAUUAUUGGCUUCCUUCCUAAGUGAUAGUGGAGUUUAUAUCUUAUCAGUUUCCUUGCCUCUACAGUGGAGUUUCAGUUGGGCCAUUUUGUUCUCACACCCUGCCGAUUUUACUCCCGUAUGCACCACGGAACUGGCUCGUGCAGUUCAGCUGGCUGAGAAGUUCGAGGAACGUCAAGUGCAGAUGAUCGCCUUAAGUUGCGAUUCUGCUGAAUCGCAUCGCAGUUGGAUCAGAGAUAUCCUGGCGUACGCAGAAGUUCCUCAUAUUACGAUUAACAACUUCCCGUUUGAAAUCAUUGCCGAUGAAGACCGAAGGCUGGCAACUGAGCUAGGCAUGUUGGAUCCAGCAGAGAAGGACAGUGCUGGCAUACCACUUACAGCUCGUGCUGUGUUCAUCAUCGACCCGAAGAAAAAGCUUCGUGCACAAAUUCUUUAUCCUGCUACAACUGGAAGGAAUUUCGAUGAAAUUCUUCGCAUAAUCGACUCGUUGCAAUUGACAGACCGUAUGCCUGUGAGUCAUUGUUUUCCUCUUCGAUCUUUAUUAGAGUUCCUACAAGAUUAUAUUUGUGAGGUUGCUACACCGGAAGGCUGGAAUAGUGCGAAGGAAGCUUGUAUGGUCCAGCCUAGCGUUUCCAUGUCAGAAGCCGAAGAACUUUUCGAGGAAGUGGACACAGUACCACUGCCUAGUGGUAAACCGUACCUUCGUCGAGUACAUAUCAUUGAGUGA